UAAAUACGAGAUAACAAACUGUAUUGGUCAAUGCAGGUUAUUGGUCGAUGGCCACCCAAGCAACGGAAGAUUGCAACAUUAGUUAGCCAGGUGACCCUACUUCAAAAAAAAUUUGUGUACUCUGCCCCAUCUCUUGUAGCCCGGAAUGAUAUGAAAUUUGCAUUCAAGCUUGCGCGAGAGGCAAUAGUUUCUCAGGUCAACAGGCCUUCUGAAUCUAGUUCUGCCAAGAACAUGCACGAGACUUGUGUAAUUUGUUUAGAGGAUGUGGAUGUUGGUCAGAUGUUUGCAGUUGAUGGUUGUUUGCAUCGUUAUUGCUUUUCUUGUAUGAAACAGCAUGUAGAAGUGAAGUUGCUUCAUGGAAUGUUGCCCAAAUGCCCUCACGAAGGCUGUAAUUCUGAACUGAAAAUCGAGAGCUGCAGAAAAUUUUUGACUCGUAAAUUAAUUGAGAUUAUGAACCAGCGCAUUAAGGAAGCUUCCAUUCCAGCCACUGAGAAAAUUUAUUGCCCAUAUCCCAAGUGCUCAGCCUUAAUGUCGAAAAGUGAGGUUUUGGAAUAUUCGCAGUUGACAUUACUCGUUCAACAAUCCGGAGUCAGGAAAUGCACAAAAUGUCAAGGCCUCUUCUGUAUCAAUUGCAAAGUUCCAUGGCAUACCAAGAAGAGCUGCCUUGACUACAAAAGGGAAAAUCCAUUUCCCCCUGUAGAGGAUGCAAAGCUGAAGACUCUUGCAGAUCGGAACCUGUGGCGUCAAUGUGUAAAGUGCAACCAUAUGAUUGAACUUGCUGCGGGGUGCUACCAUAUGACUUGCAGGUGUGGUUUUGAGUUUUGCUAUACUUGUGGAGCUGAGUGGAAGAACAAGGCAGCGACGUGCUCAUGUCCACUCUGGGACGAGGAUAAUAUAUUGUAUGAUGAUGAGGAUGAGGAUGAGGAUGAGGAUGAUGAAGAUGAGGAUGAUGAUGAAGAGGAGGAUUACGAUGACUACUAUGACACUGAGUCAGAUGAUUAUUAUUGACAGCUCACCAAGUAUGGUUCGAUGCUCACUGCAGCUGGGAAUCUUGGGUGGUCGAAGAAUAUAGAUCACAUGUAAUUACCCCGUUGCCCCUUUCACUCUUGUUUCCCAAUUACCCAAACUUUUUUUUUUCUUUUGGUGCCAAAACCUUCUAGAUUAACUCUUUGGUGUCUGGUGAAGAUUUGGUAGUUAUUAUAUAUUAUAGCAUUUUGUGUAUA